GACUUAUAAAACUGUAUCAUUACGACUUUUAAAGACCGUUGUUAAUUGUUUAAAACACGAUCAGGAUAUUUGGAUAAUAUGUGAUAAAAGUGUCCCAUCUUUCCCAAUCUACUAUAUGAUGCAUAGGUACGGGGUUCGGGGUUGGAAAUGGUUGUAGGAAAAUAGUUGUAAGCCAUUUAGAACUGUAUAAUAGCGUUUUAUGGGCGAUGAGUAUCUCUGAAGAGAUCGCUAGAUUAGUUUACUUUGGCGCUUCACACGAACCGCAAUGGUUUAUUCAAUAUUGCAAAGAACUACCUGAAGUUGGACCGGGUGAGGUCCUCGUUAAAGUCAGACUGGCCACGAUAUGUGCUUCGGAUCUACACACGUUUGCAGGUGUCAGAAACGAACCCCUGCCCGCUGUGUUGGGCCACGAAGCAGUGUGUGACGUCAUAGUAGAUCGUCGUUCAAAUGAGGAAAACGAGUUCGUGUUUUUACCCGAUGAAAAUACGGGGCAUGAUGGGACAGAGGAAAACGGCCCAUCAUCAGACUCAAGUAUACCCCUUUCACCCGGAACCCGCGUGACGUUUGGGGUCCCUUUGUCGUGUAAACAAUGCGAACGGUGCAGGUUGGGGGUUACCCAGAAGUGUAAGUCCCUUUUUAAAUACGGGCAUUGUGCCCUUAACGACGGUGGUGGUUUCAGCGGUUGCUAUGCGACGCAUAUGUUGCUAAGGGCGGGAACCCAUAUCGUACCUCUACCGCCUCAAGUGACGGACAAGAUGGCGGCCCCAAUAAACUGCGCAUUGGCUACAAUUGUAAAUGUCGUGGAAAACGCAAGAACCCAAAGUCGUAACAAAGUCGCAGUGGUGCAGGGAGCCGGUAUAUUGGGAACAUACGCGUGUGCCAUGUUGUCACGUAAGGGCUACCAACGCGUACUGUGUACCGACGUCAAUCAAUCUCGGUUGAACGUGGUUCGUAAGUUUGGUGGGGAACCGCUGUAUGUGCAAGACGUAUCGAAAUAUACAGAUUUCGCCGACUGUGUAAUUGAGGUAUGCGGGUCUCCUACAGUAGUAGAGGAUGGUAUAAACAUGUUAAGAUACGGUGGUACUUAUGUGUGGGCAGGAAUGGUACAUAGAGAUUCAACGCUGUCUGUAACAGGAGAGAGCGUGAUACGAAAAUCAAUUACAAUCAAAGGAAUCCACAAUUACGAAGAUCGACAUUUGACGGAAGCUGUAACAUUUCUUCGUGACACCAGCCACUUAUUCCCAUACGAAGAGUUACUAAGCCCAAUGACGUUUAGUUUGAAAGACUUUGGGAAGGCGGUGCAUUUGGCCGAGUCGCGAACGUUUCUACGCGUCGGCAUUCAGCCAUAAAAUAAAAUCACUUAAUUUAUAUUUACGUUCCAAUUAAAAGCGAGCAUCGUCCACAGAACGGUCGCUUUUGGUUAAUUUGAGUUUUGUGGAGAAAUCUGAAUGAAUGGUUGAUAUAGCGAGCAAUGGGGGUCAUUAUUCGAUGACAUCACAUGCAAUGACGUCAUGUUUGGCUACGUCAUGUUUAAUGACGUCACAGAAGUAUUUUAAAACCUAAUUAGCACGAAUAAUGAAUCGUUAACGAUUCAUUACUUGAUGACGUCAUGUGUGGUGACGUCAUGUGCGAUGAUGACAUAAGCGUUAUAAAAAUAAUUACAAGAUAUUUGAACGUUGAAAUAAAAUAUCAGCGGUGUUU